AUGAAUGAGCAUUUCGCUUCGGGUCCAUAUUCAGGAAUUCUAGAUAGCAUACUAGAUGCUGUCGGGAACACCCCAAUGGUCAGAUUGAAGCGCCUCGCAAAGCUGUAUGGAAUUGAUUGCGACCUCCUGGCAAAGUGUGAAUUUCUGAGUGCCGGCGGAAGCAUCAAGGACAGAAUUGGAAAGGCUAUGGUCGAAAAGGCGGAACGCGAUGGCAUUUUGAAGCCCGGUGACACUCUGAUCGAGCCUACCAGCGGCAAUACAGGAAUCGGUCUGGCACUAGCAGCUGCUGUCCGUGGCUACCGCAUGAUUGUAACCAUGCCAGAAAAAAUGUCGGCAGAGAAGUCGAACAUCUUGAAGUGCCUCGGCGCCGAAAUCAUUCGGACGCCUACGGAGGCAGCGUGGGAUGAUGAAAGCUCUCAUAUUGCCGUUGCGGCGAAACUCCAACGGGAGAUUAAGAACUCUCACAUUUUAGACCAGUACAACAACGUAGCCAACCCUGCGGUCCACUAUGACAUAACAGCAGAGGAGGUGCUAACGCAAUGUAACGGAGAUAUUGAUAUGAUCGUAGUCGGCGCGGGAACCGGAGGCACGAUAACUGGGGUUGGCAAGAAGAUUAAAGAGAGAUGCCCGAAGUGCAGAAUCAUUGGAGUCGACCCGAAGGGUUCCAUUUUGUCUGUUCCCGAUAGUCUCAAUGAUGAACAGCGUCUUCAGUCGUAUCUAGUCGAGGGCAUUGGCUACGACUUCGUGCCAGGUGUUCUUGAUCGUGACGUGGUCGAUGAGUGGAUAAAAGUUGGCGAUGCGGAGAGCUUCGCAACGGCCAGGGCGUUAAUUCGCCACGAAGCGCUUUUUGUUGGCGGUUCUUCGGGAGCAAACGUGUGGGGGGCCCUUCAGGUUGCCCGCAGACUGAAGAAAGGACAGAAAUGUGUGGUUAUACUUCCGGACUCCAGCAGAAAUUACAUGUCCAAGUUCAUAUCGGACGAAUGGAUGGCUGAAAACGGAUUCGCCGUUGAAGCAGAAUUCACCACCAAGGAGCGACAAGACACGCAGACGGGCGAUUCCCUUUCCAACUCGGAUGCAGGUAUCGACGCCCCCUUUGAAACUGCGAAGACCGCAACCGCGGAGGAAAGGUGA